AUGAGUUCGAGUAAUCCGGCUCUAAGCACCAAUGUCAAUGACAUUGAAAUGAAAGACGGAGAUAAUCAAACUCCAGAAAUCUCGAGAAACACGAAUGUUUCACAAAAAGGCAAUACCAAAAAGAGAAAGGAGAGGGGCAUUGCUUGGGAUCAUUGUGUUAGGAAAAUUAUUCACGAUGAUGAAGGAAAUGAGGAGAUGUUUGCUAUUUGCAAACAUUGUGAAUUACAAAUGCUGGUCGAUUCGAAAAGGAAUGGAACUAGAGGCCUUCUCAAUCAUUUGUAUUAUAGGUGUGAGAGUUAUCCUCUUCGCGUGGUGAUGGACAAGAGUCAACCCACAUUAACUCAGUCGAUGAUGGGAGAGCAACCGGACUUCAAAGAAUUUAUUCAUGAUCUUCAACCUCGUUAUAAGAUUCCUAAUCGGAGGAAGAUUGCGAAGGACGUGUGGAGUUUAUUUUGCGAUGAGAAAGCAAAGAUCAAAAGCAUCAUUGGUGAUCUCCGUGUGAGUAUCACAACCGAUACUUGGACCUCUAUCCAAAAUAUCAAUUACAUGGUGGUGACUGCCCAUUUUAUCGACUCGGAUUUCCAUUUACACAAGAGGGUGCUCAACUUUUGUAAGAUUACUUCUCAUAAGGGUGAAGACAUAAGAAGGUGUCUCGAAGAGAAGUUGGUCGAAUGGGGCAUAAGUAAGGUGUUUACCGUUACCGUUGACAAUGCGAGCUCCAAUGAUGUGGUCGUGGAGUAUUUGAAGAAGCAACUCCGGAAGCAUGAUAGUGAUAGUCUUAUGCUUGAUGAAAACUUGCAUAUGAGGUGUGCUUGUCACAUAAUUAACUUGAUUGUGAAGGAUGGAAUGAAAGAGUUAGUAGAUUCCAUGGAAGCCAUCCGAAAUUGUGUGAAGUAUAUUCAUUCUUCAAGUGCGAGGUUGGAUAAGUUUCGGGAGUAUGCGGUUUUAGAGAAGAAGGACAAAAUCUCCACUAUCCCGAUGGAUGUUGUGACUCGGUGGAAUGCCAAAUAUAUCAUGAUUCAUGGUGCUUACAAGUUUAAAGGUGUAUUUGCAAGGAUGGUGGAAGAAUUUACGCCAUUUAAGUGUACUUUGAAGAUGGAAGAGUGGGGCCUCCGACGGAUGAAGAUUGGGAAAAGGCUAUGGGAUUUGCACAUUUUCUCAAGAAGUUCUAUGAUGCCACCAUCAAACUUAGUGCCACCAAGACUCCGACCUCGCAUCUUGUUCUAA